CGGCGAGUGUUAAGGCGGGCGGCACACUGUCCCCUGGCUUGGCUCCAAGGACCGGUGAGGGCGGCAACGGCUUCGCGUGCCUGGACCCCCCGGCCAGGGGCUCUGUGGCGGGACCAGCACGUGACCUGGAGGGCUACGCCUGGGACUACCCAGACCCCAGGUGGCCCAAGGGGGCCAAGCUCGCGAUCAACCUGGUGGUCAACUUCGAGGAGGGCUCAGAGGCCUCUUUCCACCACGGCGACAACAUCACCGAGGUCGUGCUGACCGACGGGGCGCGUUCGUUCGGUGCUGGCACGCGCAACAUGGGCGCGGAGUCGCUGUUCGAGUACGGCAGCCGCGUGGGCUUCUGGCGCAUCAUGAAGAUGUUCGAGCAGCGCCAGCUGCCGUGCACGCUCUACGCCUGCGCCGUCGCGUUCGAGAUGCUCCCGAAGAGCGCGGCGUACAUUCGGGAUCACAGCGACCGCAUCGACGUCUGCUGCCACGGGUGGCGCUGGUGGCCCCAGCACAACAUGCCCGAAGAGGUCGAGCGAGAGCACAUCCGGCUGGCCGUGGAGUCGCUGCGGCGAACCCUCGGCGUCGAGGACGUGGCGCACCUGGGCUGGUACGGCAGGUACGCUCCCUCGGUCAACUCGCGCAGACUACUGCACGAGGCGGGCUUCAGGUACGAUAGCGAUUCCUACUGCGACGACAUGCCAUAUUGGGACACCGUCGCGGGCGCGCCCCACCUCGUCAUCCCGUACUCUAUUCAGAACAACGACGCCCACCUGGCGUACGGCUCCAUGCCAGGCAUGGCGGACGCUUUCUUCGAGAGCGUGAAGAACAGCAUUGACACGCUCAUCGAGGAGGGCCGGCAGGGAUCUCCGAAGAUGAUGUCGGUGGGGCUCCACCAGCGCACCAUCGGGCACACCAAAUUCGCGCCUGGGCUCCGAAAGCUGCUGGACUACAUCCAGUCGUUCGGGGACGAGAUCUGGGUCGCGAGGCGCGGUGACAUCUCCAGGCACUGGUGGGAGGCCAACCCGGGCGGCCUGCGGCCCGGCUCGAGGUGA